AUCAAACGUCGGCCACAUAGUACCAGCACCGCACAGCGACACGCCUCUCUCACGGUGACAGCUUCUGUCUAGUUUCUUGUUUUCGGUUCAAGUUGCGGUUCGGGAGCAUUCACUGCAAUACCUCGCCUCGCAGAUUGCUACUACCCUGCCUUGGCGCGUCACGGUCCCACGGUUCCCUCUUUGUCUUAUUUCACCCUUCCCCUCGACCCAUAAACACUAUCUACCCUCACACCUUCGAGAGUGUACUUUCUCGACGCGAUGCGCUAGUAGUCCUCAGUGUCGAGAUUGCAAAACAAUCAGCGCAGCUUACAUAUACCUCUCCGCCGCCUUGCCACACGUGGUCGUGACGCGCUUGAAUUGAUUACGCCUCGAGGUGUUCCCCCUCCCACAGUAUAUGCCAGCUGAGCUGCUGCUCUACACAGCCCAGACACCAUGACUACCACCGCACAAGCUAUACCAGCCCUCGAAGUCUCCGCACCUGACGACAACAUGGACGUACUCUCUGAUACUGGCUUCGACUUCGGCGAUGGCGACAUCGACCUCGAUCUGGAUACUGCACCCUUGGUCCAAGAUGAUAACAUGUCACUCAACGACGCGGCGACAGAUGGUGGAUUUGACAUGCAAGAGCUACCAGCCGACCAAGACGAUUUUAUGGCUGAUCAUGGCGAUCUGAUCGAGGAAGAUGAUGUGUACAACGAUGGUGGCGCCGCUGCAGUGUCACAGACUGUAGCCGAAAGUGCUACCACUUUCGAAGCAGACAUGCUUGCGCCGCCAGACGAAGAUCUGAUCGACUACUCAGAUGAUGAGGCACAGCAGCCAGUCAAGAUGCACAGCCCAUCAGUGCAUGAAGAGGAAGAUGCACGAGUAUCCUUUGAUGUCGAGGCUACAUCUGUGCCAGCCGAUGACCACAACGAGGACAUCCAAACGCAAGAAGACGCGCAGCCACUCGAGCCCAUUGAAGCCGCUGACGAUGAGAUGCAAACACGUGAAGAUGACGUCGCGAGGACCCUUGAACGAAGAGAUGCUGGUCCUGAGAAUCAGUUACAAGACGCUGAACUGCAGCGUGAAGGCGACGACGAGGACUACGUUCAUGCCGACGAUGAUGGUGGCGUUUCGCUUCCAGCAGAUGAGCAUGCUCACCAUGACGAUGACGCCGCUGUGGAACAGCAAGAAGAGCAGCAACAAGACGCAGGGAACGACAAUGAGAGCAAUCACCACGAUGUCCAGCAGAUCGAGUUGCGACCAGUGACCGUGAACUACGCAGGAAACGAAUUGUGGCUGUUCAAGCAACAUGACCUCGACGAGAGUGGUGACUUCUUGCUUGAAGAUUUGUCAGUGGCCAAGUCUAGCAUCUCGGAUCUCUUUCAAGCAUGCAGGCUGUCCCUUGGUGACGACGUAUCUGGCGAACACGAGAUCGGGUUCCGUUUCGACCAUUUUCACAACCUCGAGCUCUAUGAAGACAACACUGCCUGCGUAGCUGUGUCUUUGGAGCGCCUGGUAGAUAUGUACCACACAUUGCAAGCACAAGAUGGCAACGAUGAUCCGGAGUGCUUCUACAUCACCCUGCAGUUCCGUCCACGCUUCGCUACGCUGCUCGCUGAUGUUGCCCAAUAUGCUGAGCAGGGCAGUGGCUAUUCUGCCUUGGACGCCGCAGUCGCAGCAGGCGAGACCCACUUUUCGAAUGUGUUCUCUAGUGCUUCGACAGAACAUGAUCAUGUCGAAUGGGACGAAGAAGAGAACGAAGAGGAAGAGGCUAGCUCUCCUGGUUCCGUCCACAGCAUCGUCCCACAGGAAGCGGAAGCUGGUGAGCCUGAUGAACAACAGUUCGAGGAUGUCGAGAACCGGGAAGACGAGCAGGAAGAAGAUUCAAGCCAAAAUUAUGCACAGCAUCAGCAGGGUGUAGAUUUGGAAGGAGAGUUGAAUCAGGCUCUGGACGCACAGGACGAGGAAUCUCACACCGCCCAAGAAGCUGCUGACCUGGACCUUUCGGAGAGCGUAGCUCCUGGUAUAACCUUAGAUCACGCAGAGGCAGCACACGAGCCAGAGUCGGAAGCAGCGGAACGACACGCCUCCGAGACCAAGGACGAGAGAACGCCCGACCAAAUUGCGCAUGAGAAACAGGAAGCGGAGGAUUUUGUCGACUACAGUGAUGAUGAGGAUGCUCAAGAAGAUAAGUCCGUGCCAGCGCAUGUGCCAUCGCCGUCUUCGUCUACUGUUCAGGGAGACGAACCUACGGAGAUCCAAGUGUCAGGGCUCGCUCCUGAGCAUGACGGCCAGGAUGAAGGAAACAUCGUUGAGACCGGUUUCGAUGAGCACGAUGACGAUGCCACUUUGCUUACGCAAACACAAUAUGGUGAUGAUGCAAACCACUAUGCCUUCCAAGACUACACAGAGACAUACGACCAAGGCGAUCCGUUCCAGGACUUCGAAGCAGAUGGCACCGUGGGAGACCCAUUCGAGGCGAAUGAUACCUUCAAUGGCGACACUAAUCAAGAUUUCGCCGACUACGGCUUCCAGAACAUGGAUGGUGAGGAGAACCUAGGCUUUGAUGAACAGCCCUUGGACGAAACCAAUCACGGCGAUCACGUCGACGAGGCCUUUGGGGCUGUUGAGGAUGUCACACAUGCCGAUGCCUUCUUGGACCUGGAUAAUGCCCCUGAAUGGGCCAUCGACGCAGACCCGGCUUCGAACCUGCCAGGAGAAGACGCAGUUCUUUUACAUGAUGAUGCCACCGCACAUGAAGAUGAAGAGGGUGGCGCGGUCGAACAGCCUGUGGCUACGUCUUCAGCUGCAGACCUUGCGUUAACCUCAUCAUACGAUCAUAAGCCGUCUUCUCCACAAGGACAGAAAAGAUCUAUCGAUGAGGUUGGCGAUGAGAUUGAUGAUGCGCCCGACUGCACAGGUAUGACUCUGUCCUCACCGUGCAAGAGACGUCUCGAUGCUGACUUUUGCUUGCCAGACGCGAAAAGACCCAGAGUGUGAAGCCCGCCACCCUCAGAAUCUUACGAGGUUUCUUUCGAGUACUAACCAUUAGCUCUGCCUUUCAUGUUUCCACACCAGCCUUGGAUCUCUUCACCAUCUUCUCUCUCGGAUAUUCCUCUCGGCAACUACUCUUUCUCCAACUCUUCGAACAUCUGGCGCGCAUUGACUUCGACAUUGAGCCUGGCUCCGUUCAUAUAGCAUCUACUAAUAAUCAAC